AUGAGUCCCCUCCAAACUGAUGAGCUUGGUGAGCCGUCGCCAAUGAGAAAGAUGAUAUCAGUGUCUUCGAUCGCUGCUGGUGUACAGUUUGGAUGGGCGUUACAGCUAUCUCUCCUCACUCCCUACGUGCAGCUCCUCGGCAUCCCGCACAAGUGGUCUUCCCUCAUCUGGCUAUGCGGUCCCAUCUCCGGCAUGCUUGUCCAGCCGACCGUUGGUUACUACAGCGACCGAUGCACGUCCAAGUUCGGUCGUCGGCGUCCUUUUAUCGCCUCCGGAGCGGUCCUCGUCGCCGUCGCGGGGAUCUUGAUCGGAUACGCCGCUGACCUCGGACGAGUACUUGGAGACAAACUCGAGGAGACCGUGAAGGUGCGUGCGAUAUGCAUCUUCGCUCUCGGGUUCUGGAUCCUCGACGUGGCUAACAACACUCUCCAAGGCCCAUGCCGCGCUUUCCUCGCGGACUUAGCCGCUGGAGACGCGAGGAAAACGCGGACCGCAAACGCGUUUUUCUCGUUCUUCAUGGCGGUUGGAAACGUAUUGGGGUACGCGGCUGGUUCUUACACCAACCUUCACAAAAUGUUUCCCUUCACGAUGACUAAAGCUUGUGAUAUUUAUUGUGCGAAUCUAAAGAGCUGUUUCUUCCUCUCCAUCAUUUUACUUUUGUUUGUCACCGUUUCAUCGUUAUGGUACGUUAAAGACAAGCAAUGGUCGCCGGAGGAAGCAGACUCCGACGUGAAAACGCCCUUCUUCGGGGAGGUCUUUGGAGCUUUCAAGGUGAUGGAACGUCCCAUGUGGAUGUUAAUAAUAGUCACGGCGCUAAACUGGAUCGCGUGGUUCCCUUUUCUUUUGUUCGAUACUGAUUGGAUGGGUCGUGAGGUGUACGGUGGAGACUCGAGCGGAAACGAGAGUUCGAAGAGGCUUUACAACCAGGGAGUGCAUGCUGGUGCGUUGGGGCUGAUGAUAAAUGCAAUCGUUCUUGGGUUCAUGUCGCUUGGUGUUGAAUGGAUUGGUCGGAAAAUGGGAGGAGCUAAACGGCUUUGGGGAGUUGUGAACUUCAUUCUUGCUGUGUGUUUGGCCAUGACGGUUUUGGUUACAAAGUUGGCGGAUGCUCACAGGAAAACCGCAGGUGUUUUAGCCGGUCCGACCGAUGGCAUUAGAGCUGGGGCAUUGACUCUCUUUGCUAUUCUUGGUAUUCCUCUUGCUGUAACGUUUAGUAUUCCGUUUGCAUUAGCUUCCAUAAUCUCAAACAACUCUGGCGCAGGCCAAGGUCUUUCACUGGGAGUUCUAAAUUUGGCAAUCGUGAUACCACAAAUGGUGGUGUCGCUUGGAGCUGGACAGUUCGAUUCGUGGUUCGGAGGUGGAAACCUACCAGGAUUUGUGGUUGGAGCAAUUGCAGCGGCAAUCAGUGGUGUAGUGGCAAUAACUGUCCUACCUUGAUUAGAUCUAUGUUAUGUGUGUUUAU